AAGGAAAGUAAGAGGCCUUUGACUCGUGACUCAUUCUUUGUUCGAUCUCGAGUCCCUAACAUACUGCGACUCUGAAGCUUCGCCUCAUGGCGCCGAGGACGGUGCAGCUCCGGCGACUCUUUUCUCUUCUUGCCCGUAAUCAGCCGAGGCCCUCUCUUCUCAAAGCAGAUACAUCUCCACAAGUUCUUCCUUCCGCAAAUCCGUUCUUCAGCGGAGACUACUUGUACAGAAGGUGGAUUCAGACACAAACAAAGCCAACUAGCCAGACAAAUGAGGAUUUGGAGGAUCAUGAAGCCGGCAGUCUGAAGCCUACUGGUGAGACCGCUAAUAGCAUAUCACAAACAGACAGCUCCGAGCAUAAUGCUGUAAAUCAUAGAGUUCUAUCGAAAAUGAAAACAUCCUCACGACAUGAUCUUUUAAUGGUCUUUACUUGCAAGGUCUGUGAUACAAGAUCAAUAAAAUCAGCUUGUCGUGAAUCAUACGAGAAAGGUGUUGUGGUGGCGCGGUGUCCUGGAUGUAAUAAUCUGCAUCUAAUCGCAGAUCGUCUUGGAUGGUUUGGUGAGCCAGGAAGCAUCGAGGACUUCCUUGCUGCUCGAGGAGAGGAAGUAACAAAAGGUUCUUUGGAGACCUUAAACCUUACUCUUGAAGAUUUAGCUGGAAAGAAAACCAUGAAAGAUUGCGAUUGAAGUUGCCAUCUAAUUUUUUUUUUUUCUUUCUUCAUAUGUAAAUGAAAUAACAAAUCUACCCUCAUUUAUAUAGAACUAAUUUAGGUCCUUCAAUAGAUUAUGUUGGUUUUGUAAUAUGUUAUGAUUAC